CCAAAAAUCGAUCUAUCGAGGUUUCGUGGUGAUCCACUGACGUUUCAGUCGUUCUGGGAUCAGUUCGAGAAUCUGAUCAAUCAACAAACGAUUCCAGACAGCAUCAAAUUCACUCACUUAUUAAGUUUACUGGAAGGCGAAGCAAAAUCAGCGCUCGAAGGAAUUCCAGUUACCAACGAAAACUAUCAAGAAGCGGUUACGAUCUUGAAGAAUCGCUUCGGCAAUAUGCAAACCGUACGAAGAAUAUUAUAUAGUCGGAUUCAAAACCUAACAAAAUGCUCACAUGAUUUGGAAAGUAUAAAGCAGUUUGCAGAUACAUUGGAGAAAACUUGCCGUCAAUUGCGCAAUAUUGACGAAAAUCCCGAUCAAACUGCGCUGAUAUUCGUUGUUCAAGAAAAGCUGCCCUAUGAAUUAGUGGAAGAAUUAGUCAAAAGUAAGCCAGUGAAUGACUCGUGGACGAUGGCAACGUUGCAGAACUCGUUGAAACAAUACAUUGCAGUCAAAGAAGAAGUAAGUGAUGUCUUAGGCGAUGCAAAAUACCGCAUGAAAAUCGAACGACGAUAUCAGAGCAAUGGUCAGAUCAAAAAGAAAAUGAAUGCAAUCGAGCAAACGUUCAACAAUAGAAACGGUCCAGCUAUGAAGGAAUUUGCUUUAUGUGCAGAUCCACAUAUUGCUAAUGAAUGUAGCACACAAGCUGAAGUGAUGCCUAGAAGGCAAUGUAUCGAUGGUUUAAGAUUAUGCUUCCGAUGUCAUAAAGCAGGAGAUCAAAUUAGACACAACACAUAUCGAAAGUGGCGUUACUCCUGCAGAGAGAAUCGCCAUUCGGAUCCAUUCUUAUCAGUUGAUAAUUUUUAUUAUGACGAAGACAGACCAAAUAAAAAUCAAGUUUAUCGAAAGAAACGUGAAAUAAAUCCAGCAUUUAUCGAUAGUCCAGUGAUUUACCAGGAGCAAACGAAGGAAUGCUUUCGAAAAGAUCAACAAAUUCUACGAAACGAUAUGAGACGAAGCAAGAAUUUGCUAGUGGAUCGACAUAUACACAACGAUACUUCAUACGCACAAGAACAAACGAGUAAAUUACGGCCAAACAGAACCCUGAAUCGAAGAACUGAAGAAUUCGUUCGUCCCAGACAAGCAUCCACUCAA